CCGGCGGCUGAGGAAGGAAGGCCCAGCGGCCGGGCUGCCAUGGCGGCCUCCUGUGCGGAGAUUUUGCGGAGGGAGUUCCCGGAGCUCGACGGAGAGAUGUUCGAAUACGUGACCGGGGUCCUGCACAGUGGCAGCACGGAUUUUGAGACGGUGGAUGAUCUAUUUGAAGCUGUCGGCGAGCUCUUGCAAGACGUGUCCCGAGACUCCAAAGAUGAUGUAGACAUCCGUGCCGUUUGCCAGCGUAUGUUCAACACCCUUCAUCUGUAAGUUGCCUCUGGUUAAAACGGGAAUUCACCUUCCAGAUCUUUUCCCGUUCUUCCAGAUCAGCAGUAUGUCCAACAUACCUCUUAUCCUCUUCUUUUUAACUUCCUCUCCGGUCUCCUCUCUGGAGGCUGGUGGGUCUCUCUAUUGAUUCUCUGCUGUCUAUCUCUUGCGUUGCAGAUGGUGAACGCUAGAAAGCUGGAGAAGGCAGAGGCCCGCCUGAAAGCGAAGCAAUGCAAGAAGCAGGAGCGAGAUUCCGUCAAAUCUGGGAGUCCAUUGGUUCUUGAAGAAGCGUCUGCCAGCCAAGCAGCCAGUAAGAAAGAGAACCGUCUCGAAAUGUCAGGCAAGAACAAGUCCUACGACGUACGCAUCGAAAACUUCGACGUGUCCUUCGGCGAGCGGGUCCUCCUCACGGGAGCAGACCUGAACCUGGCUUACGGCCGGCGAUACGGCUUGGUAGGUCGGAACGGGUUGGGCAAGACCACGUUGUUGAAGAUGAUCGCCAGCCGCAAUCUGCGCAUCCCCUUGCACAUCAGCAUCCUUCACGUGGAGCAAGAAGUGGCCGGGGACGAGACACCGGCCCUGCAGAGCGUGCUGGAAUGUGACACGGUCCGUGAGGGGUUGCUCAAGGAGGAAAAGGAGCUGACUGCCCGGGUGAACUCCGGAAGGGGAAUAGGCACAGAAGGUGCUCGGCUGUCUGAAAUCUACGCCAGGCUAGAAGAGAUUGAGGCAGACAAGGCCCCAGCGAGAGCGUCUGUCAUCCUGGCCGGGUUGGGCUUCAGCGCAAAGAUGCAGCAACAGACAACCAAAGAGUUUUCUGGAGGCUGGAGAAUGAGGCUGGCUUUGGCUCGCGCUCUUUUUGCCCGGCCUGACCUUCUUCUGCUUGAUGAGCCAACCAACAUGCUGGACGUGAAGGCGAUCAUCUGGCUGGAAAACUAUUUGCAGACUUGGCAAUCCACCAUCCUUGUGGUGUCUCACGACCGGAACUUCUUAAAUGCCGUGGCCACCGAUGUCAUCCACCUGCACUCCCAGCGGCUGGACAGCUACCGUGGGGACUUCGAGAACUUUGUCAAGAUCAAAGAAGAACGGCUGAAAAACCAACAGCGUGAAUAUGAGGCACAGCAGCAAUACCGGGAGCAUAUCCAGGUCUUUAUUGAUCGAUUUCGCUAUAACGCAAACAGGGCGUCGCAAGUUCAGAGCAAACUCAAACUGUUGGAGAAGCUGCCAAAACUGAAGCCAGUGGACAAAGAAUCUGAAGUGAUCAUGAAGUUCCCAGAUGGCUUUGAGAAGUUUUCUCCUCCCAUCUUACAACUUGAUGAAGUGGACUUUUGCUACGAGCCCAAUAACUACAUCUUUUGCUCCCUCUCUGUCUCUGCUGACCUGGACUCUCGCAUCUGUGUGGUAAGAUGAAAUACUUGGCAAA